AUGGGUGAUUUCCCAUUCACGAUGAAUUCGGUUAUGCCAUCCAAUGACAUCAAGUAUGGAGAGGAAAAUCGCGCAUCUUUAUCGGACUCCGAUACCACUGAGGACAGCUUUAGGGAGGUCCGCAGAGAGAAUGGAAGGACUUACCACUCGUUUCGUGCAGGGUCCUACCCAUUUCCCAACGAUGACGCGGAAACGGAAAGGUUAAAAUUUCAAUACGAUAUUAUAACCGAAGUACUCGGUCGCAAUUAUUUUGCGCCAUUCACACAGGAUAAUCCUCCAACCCGGGUUUUGGACAUUGGUACAGGACCUGGACAAUGGGCCAUAGAGAUCAGUGACGAAUUUCCAGAGGCCGAGGUGAUUGGCACCGACCUCUCACCAAUACAGCCAAACGAAGUGCCCGAAAAUUGCUACUUCUACGUCGACGACUCCUCUGAAGAAUGGGACUUUGGCUUCCAGUUCUCCUACAUACACACCCGGCUCACCUUUGGCUGCUUCUCCGACAUGCGGACGCAGGUCAUCGACCAGGCGCUGCGCAACCUUAAACCCGGAGGCUGGCUCGAGUGCCAAGAGCUGGACCCGAUCGUGGCCUGCGACGACGGCACCAUGCCGGCCGACUACUCGCCAAAGCAGCUGACGCUGGCCCUGGAGGCGGCCUCCCGGAUAGCCAAGCGGCAGUUCACGUGUGCGCCGCUCAUCCGCGGCUGGCUCGAGGAGGCCGGCUUCGUCGACAUUCAGCAAAAAGUCUUUAAGCUGCCCGUCAACGGCUGGGACGUCUCGAGUCCGCGCGCCAGCGAGCUCGGCAAGAUGUGGUUUGAUAACCUGUCCAGCGGUCUCGGAGCUGUCUGCACGGCGUUGCUGCAUCGGCACGCGAACAGGCAGGUUGAGGAGAUUGAGGUGUCGCUGGUUGACGUUCGGCGACAGCUACGGUCUCAAAACGUACAUGCCUAUCAUUCACUUUAUGUGGUUUGGGGCCGAAAGCCUUUCGAGGGCGAGGUGACUUGUUGA